AUGCCGCCACCGUCCUCUGCUGCGGCUAUUGGCACGCCGUGCCCGGUCCCUCUCCCAAAGCAAACAGAACAACAACAAAAACAACAACAACAACAACAACAACAACAACGUCGCACCCGGCACCACGGCCACCGCGACCGAGAUUCCCUCUUGUUGUCUCCGAGCGAUGACACCACCGCCAACCUCGAGUUUACUUCUGCGUUUGCCGCACCCUUCGCCCCGGGUGUCCUGAAGAACGCGAGGCCGCGCCGCCGAAGAGCGCAGGACGGGCUGCUGGGCUUCACGAUCCACGAGGACACGGCCCAGAGGGUGGGUGCACGAGGAGGCGGUGAUGACGAGAACCCGCUGAAGACGGGCGCAAGAAGGAGGGCUGCGAUAUCUCAACCGCCGCAGCGGCCGCAAAAGCGAGCUGCGGUCGGUGUUGCUGCUACUGCUGCUGCUGCUCUCGCUCCCUCUGCUCCAGAUAAUGGUCCGUCCGGCAUUGUUAUUGUACCACCGCAGGUGCCGAAGCGGGGCAGUGGUGCGUCGGCGAGACUGAGUCAAGCACCGAGACGACCAAUAACGAGCAAAGCCGAAGGAAGAGCGUCUUCUUCUUCCACGGCGGCAGAACCGCUGCGCACAGUCCCCGAAGACACCGUCGCGCUCCUAGGAGGGGUCGAUGCAGCGGCAACGACAACGACAAUGCUCAGGCCGGCGCGACGGGCGACCUUCUACAUCCCGACCGAGGACACGACGAUGCCGAGCAUGUACAUGGGCAUCUUCAGCCCCAUCAAGAAUCUGGAUCCGGCGGUGAAGACUUCUCCGGGAUCGGCGGCCACGUCGACAAAUACAGAGCGACCAAGCAAGCCCGAUGACGAGUUGACAGGGAUUGCUGCACAGAUGGUCGCGAAGAAGAACAGAGGAACAACAAAGGACAAAGGUGCCGCGUCGGCAAAGCCCAUGCCGUUGCAGACCACCACCAAACCGCUGCAAGAAAGUACCCUGAUGGUGGAUCGCUGGGGCCAGGGUGGCGGGAAGGAGAACGUGCCACCGGGAGAGGAGGCACUGCUCGGGAAGAAAGACAGGCUUGCAAAAGGCAUGUCGGGAGUCGAGGGACGAGGCAGAGAUCUCGAGGUCGGGGUUCCUCUGUCGCAGCAGCAACUCAACAGACAACAACGGGAUGCGGCGCCCUACGAACCGACAGCAGGCAUGUGGAAGAGCGUUCGAAUGGACAGUCUCGGGCACAGUACCAGGAUGAAGUCGAGCCAGAAUGCAGGACCACGAUUGCGGACCGGUCGCCUGGGUCGAGCAUCCCGGAUGGAAGAACUCGAACCCAAGUCACGCGCCGGGGCAUCGGAGCGUGAAUCCCUCAAGAAGAAGCCGUCAGUGCCCAGUCGAUUUGUUCUCCCAAAGGUGGACGCUGCGCCAGUCAGUGAGUUGUAUCCUGUCAUCACAGAAGACGUCGUCGACCCGGCCAUGUACGAGGACAACUGGCUCAGACACCAAGAGAUCGCCAUCACGCAACUGGUCAACAACCUCUUUGGUGCAUCUGCCCCGGCGCCCUCGCCCGUGGAAAGCGAAAUGCUGAAGUUGCAGUUGCUGGAGCGAUACGGAGACCCGAGCAACGUGAUGCUCUACAAAAGACUUCAGGCGGCUCUGCUCUACGGUGCGCUGAGUGUGCCGAGGGAUAUGCUCAAGGGUACCGCGCGACUCGGCACCGACCUGGGAAAGCGAAAGGCCUUUACGGAUCUGUGGCUCGACACGUAUGAGCUUUCAUAUCUUCGCGCGGCACUGGAGGUGGUCGUUGGUCGGCGUAUCAAGGCCGGUCGUGGGCACGGUGUCGGCCGACGGAUGUUGCAACAUUUUAUCGAGAUAUUCCUGAUCCGCAAUGAAGAUGGACAGCCGGACGACGCCUCGACGGAUCAUGUCGCUUGGUCGUACCAGCGCACUCUCCUUCGCAGUCUGAUGGUCAUCAAACUUCUCGACACGAUGAAAGCUGCCACAAGCGCCUCGACGGUCAGGUGCCUGUUCCAGCCCGGCGCGGCGUGCAAGACAUCUGUAGGCGUCGUCCAGGCCCUUUUCCAGCUGCUCAAUCCUAGCGUGGGGGAUCCCAUGCGAGCCUUGGUGCAUGUCGGAUACACGGUCACAUACGCACAACAUGCUCUCGCGGAAUACUGCUACAAGAUGGACAACCUGGCGGUGGACCUCCGGGACGGGGUGCGGCUGACGAGACUCGUCGAACUGCUUUUGUAUCCUUUUGCCUCACCGCAUCUCGACUUCGUGCACGACUCGGACUCAACUACCAGUAUCUUUCUGCCGACCGGACAAGAGCUGUCCCUGACAGACGGGGACUCCUGUUGGCCGUUGUCUCAGCAUCUCAAGUAUCCCUGCCCCGGCCGGGCGACCAAACUGUACAACGUGCAGGUUGCACUGAGUGCGAUACAGCAGGUCAAGGGCCUGGGAACGGUGGCAGACAGCGUCAAAGCCGAAGACAUUGUGGAUGGGUUCCGCGAAAAGACGGUCAAACUCCUCUGGGGCUUGACGAGCCAAUGGGGACUGGCGAGCCUUGUCGACUGGGACGAUGUCGAAUGUGAAAUCAAGAGACUGUGCCGUACGGGGGCCAGUAGCUGUGAGAACGACUACUUUGACCUGCAACCAGAUGAACACGGUCGAGCGCGACACACGGUGUUGUUGAAAGCGUGGGCUCAGGCCAUUGCCAGCCAGCACGGGAUCCAGGUGAUCAACAUGACGACCAGCUUCACGGAUGGUCGGGUGUUCCAAGCCAUUGUCGAGGAGUACGAGGGCUACCUCAGCUACGAUGUGGGACUCUGCACAAGCCGGUCUCUGGCUGAGCGGCUGAGGCGUCUCGGAUGCAGCGAGCAGUUUGCGAUGCUAUUCAGCCCAGCCGAGGGCGUGCACGUGUUCGACCGGGACUUUGUGGUGGCGACACUGGCGUUCUUGUGUUCUCGACUCCUGCAGCCCACCAAAGCGGUCCGGGCGGCGGUGACGAUCCAGCGGCGAUGGCGCUGGUAUUGGGCCCGGGUGGUCGAGCAUCGCAAGGGGCAGGUGAAAGUGGUGGCGGCGAGUUGCGCGGCGGUGGCUCUCCAGAGGGGGAUGGCUGGGUCAGGGGACACGGAGCACGAGCAAGAGGAAGAGGAAGAACAAGGCGACGAAGACAUCUGGUUGAGCCUGUGA